AUGUCCGCGCAGUAUUCCGUUCAGGAAGAGUCCCUCAAGCUGCUCGAUAAUGGGAUUCUCAAUAAUCCUCUUGUCCGAGGGCUCCCCGCUGAGAUCAAAAACUUUAAGAGCCUCAUUUCCUUCGAAGGGAAGCAAGAACCAAGCGUUCCUAUCGUGUGGCGUUUUACAGAGAGUAUCUCGGCACUGAAAGGUUUUGAGGCACUCAUGCUGAAUGUACUGCUGGUUCGAAAAUAUGGAAUUCAGCCAGUGGAAAUCAAAAUCAACACAGACCACGCCACCCUUUAUGUCAUGUCGCCCUUGUUCGCCAGCCUGGUAGAGAAGGACGGCUCUCAGAUCGGCGGUCCAGAGGCUAUUAUGGCGUUGUUCCCCAACAACGAUCAUCAUCGCUCCCAAGCUCCACUCCAUCGUCAACUCGCCACAAAUAUCUACAAAACCAAGGAUAACCGAUACUACCAUACCCAUGGUGCCAUGAACCCAGAGCCCACAAUGAAAGCGCUUGGCAUUCCACCCGAAGGUGACGAGGGCGAAGAAUACGACGAUAUUGUUCAUCGAUACCAAACUGCAGUGGAGAAGUUCACUGCUACAGAACUCGACAAAAUGAUGAAUGAGGAUUAUCGUCAAGCAGGAACAGUGGCAUGGACAUCCGACGAAUACUUCGCCAGUGAACACGGAAAGGCCAACGCACACAUCGACCUCUACGAGAUUCACCACCACGACAACCCAACCCAGGUACCUUCGUGGUGGCCAGAGCCCUUCGAGACAUCAGCAAAUCGACCGUUGGCCGGUCUCAAGGUGGUAGAUUUGACCAGAAUUAUUGCCGGUCCUUCGGUAACUCGUGGUCUCGCCGAAAUGGGCGCACGCGUGAUGCGGGUCACAGCAAACCAUAUCGACGAUCUGUCGUCUCUGCACCAUGAUUUGAACUGGGGUAAAUGGAACUGCCACCUAGACCUUCGACAGAAUGAAGAUAAGGAGAAGCUGAAUAAAUUGAUUUUGGAGGCCGAUGUUGUGGUGGAUGGGUAUCGACCAGGAGUUAUGGCCAAAUGGGGCUUCAGUCGGGAAGAUAUUUAUGCGUUGUGCAAAGAUCGAGAGAGAGGUAUCAUUCAUGUGCGGGAGAAUUGCUACGGCUGGAAUGGGCCAUGGCAAGAUCGAAGUGGCUGGCAACAAAUUAGCGAUGCGUGCUGUGGUGUAUCCUACGACUACGGAAAGGCAAUGGGAGUCGAAGGAGCCGUGACUCCAGUCUUCCCCAAUUCCGACUACUGUGCCGGUGUCUCCGGUAGUACCGCAGUUCUUCAAGCAUUAUGUGAGCGAGCCGAAAAAGGAGGCUCAUACGGAGUGGAUGUUUCUCUAAAUUAUUACUCCCAAUGGCUCGUCCGUUCCUGUGGCAAGUAUCCUGCCGAUGUUUGGUCUAAACUCUGGACUUCGACCGGUUCCUUGACCUUCCAAAAUUACCACGUCAUGACCCGAAUGCUGCCACAGGUAGCCAAAUCGAUGUAUCAAUACAACGCUGCAGCGUUGUUUCAGCCAUCAUUCUUUGAGAUCCGGGAAUCUCGUGUGAUUGGACAGUUCAUUCGCACAAUUAAACCAGUUGCUCAGUACCCCAAUGGCGAGGUGAGGCUUGGGUAUGAGAUUGGUACGCGUGGGAAUGGGGUGGAUAAGCCGAUUUGGCCGGCUAAUUUGGAUGUUGAAGUUGUUUCGUGA